GGGGUGGGGGCGUCAGAGGCUAGAGGAAGGGGCCCCUGAAGAAGGAGACAAGCUCUACCAGGCCAAACCUUGCCAGCAGCAGGAGGAAGAGAGAAAUAGGUUGCCCCCACCACUGCAGAAGUGGGGGGCAAGGGUCACCAGGGUUAGAAAGACCUGGCCUGCCUUGGAGGAGUCAGGCUGGGGCUCCCCCCACCAAUCAAAUGGGGGGCAGCGGACCUCAAGCGUACUGAGUACCAUCAGAAUCAAAGAAAGGAUCCCCUCUGUCAGCCCUCCACCCAAAGACUCCCAGGCUGUGGUGACGGUCCUGGCGCCAGCACCACGGAGCCCGGGCGACCUCCUCCUCCCACCCAUGCCCACCCCACAUGAGACUGAGAAGCAGCACGUAGGGCCGCAGGAGGCAGACCAGCCCCCCUCGAUGUCCAGUCAUGACGCAGCCCCCCCGGCUGCCCCCAGCCGCAACCCCUGCUGCUUGUGCUGGUGCUGCUGUUGUGGCUGUUCCUGGGCUGAAGAGCGGCGGCGAGCGUGGCGGGUCUCCCGGGAGAACAAGCUGCAGCCUCUCCCCGGCUGCGAGGCAUGCGCCACGCCGAGCCCCGAGGAGGUGCGGAGCUGGGCGCAGUCGUUCGACAAGCUGAUGCACAGCCCGGCGGGGCGCAGCGUGUUCCGUGAGUUUCUGCGCACGGAGUACAGCGAGGAGAACAUGCUCUUCUGGCUGGCCUGCGAAGAGCUCAAGGCUGAGGCCAACCAGCACGUGGUGGACGAGAAGGCCAGGCUCAUCUAUGAGGACUACGUGUCCAUUCUGUCCCCCAAAGAGGUGAGCCUGGACUCGCGCGUGCGGGAAGGCAUCAACAAGAAGAUGCAGGAGCCGUCGGCGCACACCUUCGAUGACGCCCAGCUGCAGAUCUACACGCUCAUGCACCGGGACUCCUACCCCCGCUUCCUCAGCUCCCCCACCUACCGUGCCCUGCUGCUCCGGGGCAGCUCCCAGUCCUCCAGCGAGGCCUAGGCUGCUCACCCACGCGCGGCGGCACAGACUCGGGACCCAGCCGGCAGGAAAGGACUCGGUUACCUGCACAAACCUGUGCCAGCAGGUGUCCGGCACGGCCACGGGGCCCCAGCAGCCCUGGGGGCAGUCCCAGACUGGAGCGCGCCCUUACCUGCGCAAGGGACAUGGUACCCUGAGGUCCUGCUGAGAGGCAGGUGUGAGGGCCUCUGGGACCAAGCAGCCCCUCCCCAACCGGCUCCCUGCUGGGGGAGAGGGACCCUCCCAGGAGUGCUCACGGACCCAGCGACUUCAUGGGGGGGCCUCCUCCCCGGCAGCCGGGGACCUUGAAAAAUGCCUCUGAUGGGAAGCAGAGCCUCUGUGUCGUCUAGUUGUGACACGAGGGGACCCUCGGACUCGAGCUGUCUGCGCCCAGACCAGACCCAGAACCUCAGAACUAGGCUCAAGGCAACAGGAGCCAGUUUCUUUUUUAUAUUUUCAUGAAGUUUAAACCUGGAAACAUGUCUUUACUGUAUUUUAUCAAAAAAAGAAAAAGAUGUUUUCAUAUUUA